AUGGAUAUGAAAUGUCCAUGUUGCUGCAAAUUCCCUGCUGUAUUCAGCCAUGCUCAGCGCAGCUCGGGGUCUGUGCUGCUCCGCUCAGCUCUGCUGCACCAGCCCACCGGAGCAGAGGCAGGGCUCAUGGAAAGCUGCUCUGUCAGGCAGAAGCAACGACAUGUGUGUGUGAGGUGA